AUGCGCGUCCCCGUUGCCCCGCUCGCGUCAGUGUUUGCCCUCAUCGCGCCCAUUGCAGCCCAGCAGAUUUACGACAUCUGGGCGACAACAUGGGACAGAGGCAGCUUGUUCACCUACACCAACCUCUCUCCCAACCCCAUCAACUUUGCGUCGCCCGGCGCUAUCGGUGACGCGGACAUCGUCAUUACCGACACCUCUACCUACCAGUCGGUGUGGGGAUUCGGAGCCUCCUUGACCGACUCUUCUGCGCUGAUCCUGAACAAUCUGAAGUCCGCGAACUCAGCGAGCUACUGGAAAUUGCUGAACUACCUCUUCGACCCAACCGACGGCGCGAACGCCGCGGGUUUCUCCUACCUUCGUAUCCCCCUCGGCGCAUCCGACUUCUCUGCCAGCGUAUACAGCUUCGAUGACCGCCCGUCCUAUCUCUUCUCCGUCCUCAACGACAUCCGGAGCAUCAAUAGCGUACUGCGCAUCCACAUCCUUCCUUGGUCUCCGCCAGGAUGGAUGAAGGACUCUGGCACGAUGAGGGCGGGAACUUUCUUUCUCAAUAUGAAUCCACCUGCUCUACAAGGUUUCAAGAACAAGGGCAUUUCAGUCUACGCCAUAAGCAUCCAGAACGAACCGGAGAACUCUGAUUCCACCUACCCGACCUGCAAGAUAUCCGCGGCGCAGGAAGCGGCCAUAGGCACUACCCUCCGGAGUCUCAUGAACAGCAACGGCUUCUCGAGCACGAAAAUUGUCGGCUAUGACCACAACUGGAACGAUGCGGGAGGGUACCCCAUCCAGCUGAUGCAAGACGCGCCGGACGCCUUCUCGGGCGUUUCCUUCCAUUGCUACAGCGGUUCCGUGAGCCAGCAGGACACCUUCCACUCUGCAUACCCGCAGAAGGAGAUCUACUUCACGGAGUGCUCAGGGGUCCAAGGGAGCGACUGGUGGAGCGAUAUCAAGUGGUACAUGGACAACCUCUUUAUUGGCUCGAUCGAACACAGCUCCCACAGCGGCCUCAUGUGGAACCUCGCCCUCGAUGGCAACGGGAGUCCGAUGCUCCCAGGCACUGGCAGCUGUGGGACGCCUUGCCGCCCGUUGUCACCGUCAACAGAGUGCCAUCUCCCGCGCGACUCUGGCGGACCCUGGGGAAAGCGCAUCGGCGUGAGCGUCGGGGGAACCCUCAGCUGGGGCUUGCGCGUCGGCGCGUACGUCACCGGGCGCGUGAACUCGAGCGACUGGCUCCGUUACAGCCUCGUCACGACGAUCGAGUUCCGCGGCGUGCAGGCGACGUACACGUUCCCCGUCGGUGUCACCACGCUCUGGUGGUACGCGCCGAACCAGGGGAACUCGUUCGGCGAGGACGAGGACGCGGCAUGGGUAGGGAACAGCACCAUUGCGUUUGAAGACGUCGAGCAGAUGCCUUUGGGCGCGGAGGAGGGACGACAGCGGUUCUUCCGGUUCAACCGCCCCCAGUAA